UGGAAAUGAAAUGCAUGACAACCGCUACGUGAAACAACUAGGAAAUAAAUAAGGAACAAAAAGUGCUUUCAAAUAUAACUUUCCGAACACAAUGUCCUCUGGACGAGGUCGCGGGUACACGGGGCGGCAUCAUCUACCUCAGCGCGAUACACGUCCCGGCGAAGACCUGGACGAGAUCAAUGCGGCUAGGACGCUAGCUGAACUAAGCCCUAGGUCCACAGUAAAACGCGUCAUUCCAGACACGAAAUUGGAGAUGAAGGGGGAUGUGAGUGAAGAUGAAGAAAAACCGGUUCAGGACAAGACGGAUAUAUACCGUCCGGAAGACGACGCGCUCUCAGAGCUGCUUUACGUGGAUGAGCAGUUCGCACCAUUGUUAGUACUGUUAGAACAGUUUUCUCCGGGCGAGGACGGUAUACAGUUCAAUAGGAAGUUACGACAUUUCGAAACUACAGUAACAAACAUGUGCUCGGAUGAAACUCGACUACAACAGGCUUUCGCGUCGUUCCGCGCGGCGGCGCUGCAGAGCUCGGUGACGUCACGCAAGCUGGCGGCCGUGGGCGCGUCCUUCACGCGCCAGCAGCGCCAGCAGCUGCUCCGAGCUUCCCUGCUCAACAUUGUCAUGCAAGGGACUUUCACUAAAUUGGAAGUUCUCGAGAGAUCAAAUCCAAUAUAUUUAAUAAAUGCAGCCAACUUGAUGGGUGAUUAUUUCGCAGAGGCUCGUCUUUGUAAUGGAAACAAAGUUCACAUUUUGGCAAAUCCGCUCCUACAGUAUAUGAGAGCCCUACUGGCAAGUGAUGAUUUGAGGGCACACCGCAGUCUCGCUACGCAGCUCAUGCAAAAUGGCAGAGAACUGCUAUCAGUCCUUGCCCAAGAGUUAGAUGAACUAUCAAUUUCCAUACGACUACGUCUGCUAACACCACCGCCAGUGAGCAUAAUAUGGCUACUUUUAUCAGCAGAUUUGUGCUUGAAUAAAUUCCUGCCAUUACCAAAUACGCUUCAGCAGUUUUAUGCAGCGCAUUUAGAUUUAACAACAGAAGAAAGUUUUAGUGAAGUUACAUAUGGAUCAUGGAAAAAAAAAGAUGAUUAUAGGUCAGACGCCAGCUCGGAUACAGAGAAAGUCAAUCAGAAUAUGUCACAAAUUAGUUUAAACCAUGAUGAGGACGCAAAACCAAAAUUGAGACCUAUUCUUGGGGCAGGUGCUGGACUGCUAAGACAGGAACAGUUGACCCAGGAUAAUUUCGACACAUGGACAACAAAAAGUAGUUUAACCAAAAGAUACGACUUGAACUCCUGGAGACAGGCCGAUGAGGAGAAGAAAGCAGAAGCGGAACCUGUAUUUAACCCCACCGUUUUACCCCCGAACAUACAAAAUUAUGUUCCCGACUAUCCCCCACCUAAUUAUAAUUAUCAAGAGAAUUAUGCUAACUAUUUACAGCAAGGAGAUGGUGCAUACAUACAGAAUUUCCAAUCAACCCCAAAUUAUAAUGCACCAGAAUUUGUCCCACAGUACUCUGCUGAACGACCUAAUCCAGCUCCUGAAAGAGUGAAUAAUGAAAUACAGAAAACAUGUAACCGAAGACUAGUUGAAAACUGGCGUAGAGAAAAGAGUGAUUUGAAAGAAGACUCAAAUAAAAAUAAGAAAAAUUGGACAAGACAACGUUCACAGGAUAACCUAGAUGAUGAGACUGAGAAAGAUAACGAAAAGUUUCGUUCCGUUUCACGGAGUUCGCGAGAAUCCCGACAGUCGAAUCCGGGCAGGGCGAAUAGACGAAACAGCGGGGACAAUGAUUCCAAAACAUCACCAAGGAGACAUGUUACGGAAGUGCCAAGAAAUCAUAAAUACUGGGAUCACGAUGAUCGCUGUGACAAAGAUUAUAACAGUUAGUGACAGCUUUGGUUAAACAGUUAACAGAUGUCUUACUAGUACUUUGAAAUUGUGCUUGUGAUCUCACUUUGGUGUUAUUCGGACUGAAAGUUUUGUGUAUGAUAAAACUUCAAAUGGAUUUAUCGGAUUCGGUGAGUGGUAAAUAAAUUGUUUGUUAAUUUUGUACAUGAAAUUUGGAUGUAAAAUUUUGUAAUAUGCAUUUCAAAGAUUUUAACUAAUCUAGAGAUACAUUGAUUAAGGAAAUUUUCUAGAUAACGCUAGCUUAAAGCCUGUGGCUUGAAAUUCAUAUUCAAAUAAAGUGCCGCCAUUUUUAAUACUAGAGGUAAUUUCUACCUCAGACUUAUAUUGCACAUGCAAUAUAAGUCUAUGCACAAAAUAUAGUAAUUUAAAUUAUUAAUAAGGAAGAUAAAUAGCAGACAUGUUAAAUACAUACUCUACAGCAAACUUUAAUGUAUACGUUUGAUAAACACAAACAUUGAAGGUAAUCGACAACAAUACACUAGUUAUCUCAAAAUUAAAUAUGUAUGCAAGGGAAAGCAAAAUCAUUGGAGAACUAGAGGAUAAAGAUAUACAGACUAGAUAGUGGAAUUCUAAUUAAUGCGCCUUCAAGCAUAACUAUGUAACUCAUAUUUAUCUUCACAAAUUGCUUAAAAAUUAUUGUAUUGAUUCCAUUUUAGUUUUAUAAAUUAUUUUUUUUCGAAUUCAUAAUUGCGUUUGUGUGCACACUGCAUGUUCGUUUUGACAACAAAGUUAUUCUUUCUGUCAUAAAUUGUUGUCACUAAAAAUUUUUGUUUUGUCAGUUCAAUAAAGUAGUUUCGAAUAUAGAUUCUUGCACUAAGCUGCAUUAAGCUUGUUAUUUGUUCUUCAUCAGAAACAAUCAUUACUAAACUUUUGAACAUUAAAUCUAUAUUAUGAACUAGGCCAGGAUAAUGAUUACGAUAAAAAGGUCUACGUGGAAAAUGAGAGAAAUUGUAAAAUUAUUGAUAUUUCGAAAUCGGCAUCAUAAUAAGAUAUAAUAACCGAGUGCCUUGAUAAUGUUCUCUAUAAUGUAAUGAUCUUUUCAAUGCAUAGAUUUGUGCAAGCAAUAGGUAACAGGACAUAUCUAUGUCGAUAAGGUCCUAUUUUGUGAACAAUCUUUAUCAUAUAGCCUAUUGGCAGGAUGAGUAGUCUAAAGACAAAUAAAUAAUGCUAACCUUCAAUUGCCAUUUUAUCAUUGGCUUAAAUAAUCUAUGGUAUAAUGAAGGAUAUAUAAAUAAAGGUCAUUUAUCUUGACUUCUGCUAUUGGAAUAGGCUUUAGAAAUUCAUUCGUCGUUCAAUAUUGCUAAAUGACAUCAUUUAAAAAUUUAAUCACAAAGAUUUAUUAUAUAUUAAUAAAUUCACAUAAUAGCCUUUUAUUAAUUGGAUUGGUGUUACAAUGUUACCUUGUAAAAAUGUGUUUGUUUCCAUAUUUUUAGGGCCUUUACUAAUUGCAAUCAUGAAUUUUUUUUUUAACCUGAAUGGUGUGGGAAAUUCUUUGUAUGACAUAAUUCUAAAUAUCAUUUGUAUCAUCAUCGGUUAAUAAUUAAUAUUGAUAUGUCGCUAUAGAGAGUUAUAAAAGCUCACAGUUUAACUCGAGGGUCAUUAGUGACUGAAAAAUGAAUAAAAUAUGUAUUUAUUUAAAAUCGGUAUCGGUAUACUCAUGAUUUAGGUCAAGCGAAAGUUGUUUCAUAAGAAAUAAAUCUGAAAUUUGACUCGGUUUCAUAUUCUAUUUUAGAAAAAUUACCCUUUUUUUUAAAUCAAUAUAUGAUUAAAUUUAACAAGAAGGUAUGUAGUGAAACUGAUUUGUUUCAUUGUUUACAUUUUUCGCCGCAUAUGCAAUAUAAAUGAAUCAUUAGACAUAAUCAUUAGCCCUUUGUUUGGUAAUCUAUACUCACUGAUCAUUUAAGUCCUCUUAGCUGAGCAUUAAAAGAAGUUGCUCUAAGAAUGGAUUUAGUUCAUUAUAUAAAUUCAUUAAAUCAGUUUUUAACAUGCUCGAGUCCAAUUUAAUGUCAAGUUUUGACUUUUUUUUUAUAAAACAGCCUCUUGAUAUUUAGUUUUGCUCAAUAGAAAUGUUAGCUUACAGUAUAAUCUAGUAUAGAACACAGUGUGUCUAAUUACUUCACUAAUGAUAUUAAUGUUACAGUCCAGUCAAUCUCCUGAUGAAAAUUUUACUUUUGAAAUAAUUUAAGGUAGUUAUAUAUCAGUAUUUGUGUGUCACAUUUAUUUGUAACUCAGUCAGUAGGACCAUGCGUGGUCCCCUACCUUCAAUAAUAUACGCAGUUUUGAAAAUGUUGCCAGUUAAAAUUAAUUUUGAUUGAGAGAUCUGACUGUAAUAUAUGGAGUUGUUGAAUACAAUAUACAUUUUAAUUUUUAUUUUUUUUGCUCAAUUUUAGAUAGUUUCCUAAAUGACAUACUUUAGAUUUCAAUCUUUAGUUAAUUAAUACAGGGCUUAAAUGAAUAUAAUAGAAGUGUGAUUAUAACUUUUGUCCUAUCUUCUUCUUCUUCUUCUGCCUAGCGUUUUCCCGGCCUAGUAACGCCAGGGUCCGCUUUCCUGCAUCUAUGCCUCCACUUUGUCCGAUCUGAAGCGUCCUCCUUAGUGAGAUCGUGCUCUCUCAUAUCGUCCCUCACAACAUCGAGCCAGUGCUUCUUGGGCCUGCCGCGGAAUCUAGGGCCUUCGACAACAAAGUCCAGGCAUCGGUUCCCGACAUAGUCUGGUGGUCUGCGGCUAAUGUGGCCAAACCAACGCAGACGGCUUUCCUGCAACUUAUCCGCUACAUCGCAAACUCCCAAGGCUACCACGGAUGUCCUCGUUACGAAUGCGAUCUAGUCGCGUAACGCCACACAUCCACCGCAGCAUCUUCAUUUCCGUGACGUGAAGUUACUGAAGGUGUCUCGCGAAAGCGAACUGUGGCCGUCUCGCUGCCGUACAAUAAGACUGGUCGGAUGAUGCACUUGUACACAAGGCCCUUUAAUUUCACCGGUAUCCUGCGAUCACAGAUUACCCCGGUGACUUCCCGCCAUUUGGCUCAGGCUGCGUUUAUUCGAGCUCUGACGUCGUGGUCGAUUGUACCAGACUCGUGCAGUACGGACCCGAGGUAUUUAAAAUUUUCCGUCUUGAUAACGGAUUCUCCGCCUAUCUUUAAGGGUUCGGGGUCCGUACUGCCACAGGUCAUAUACUCGGUCUUCUCAACAUUUAGCAUCAGACCUCCCCUCUCUAGCACACCCUUCCACUGGUUCACCUUUUGCUCCAAUACCUGUUUGUCCUCAUCUACCAGCCCAAUGUCAUCAGCAUACAUCAUGAGCCAGGGAGACGGCUCAUGGGCUUUCACUGUGACAACGUCAAGCACUAAACUGAACAGAAAAGGAUUCAAGGCCGAGCCUUGGUGGACACCUACUGUGAUCGGGAAAGGGUGUGUGUCGCCAACGGCGGUCCUUACUAUUGAUUCCGAAUUAUGGUACAUGUCUCGGAUAAUGUCAAUAUAGAUUUGUGGCUCGUUCUUCAUUUUCAAAGCCCACCAUAUAAUUUGGCGUGGGACGCAGUCAAAUGCCUUCUGCAGGUCUAGAAACGCCAUGUAUAGCGGCUUCUUCUUUUCCCUGUGGGCCACAGAUUGGGCGAAACCCAUAUUGACAUUCCGAGACAGUACAUUCUUGCCGGAGCCUUGAAUCGAUUACGCGUUUUGUCCUAUAUAUAUUAAUAAUAUAAUAACACUUUCAAUUAUUUUAAGUUGUAAUUACUACACUUUAACGACAUGAAAUACUAAAAUUCUUUAUAAAUAAUAUGGUAUGUUAUGUGUAAUUUGUUUUGGAAGCUUAUAAUAUCUUAAAACUAAUAAUUGCUAAUAUUUUCUCUGACCUUUCAGAGACAAUGUGAUCGGAGUGAAAUUGUUCAUACUACCCACUGUAUAUAUCCAGUGAGGUUGGGUUAGGUUAGGUUAGGACAAAAGUUUACUUCUUUAUCAGGAUUGACUUAAAUUUAUCUGCAUAUUACAUAAUUGCUGUUAUAUUUGUCAUGAAAUAGAUUCUACUAAGACAUACUUACAUGAAACAAAAUAAAUAAGGAAAAAGGGAAAUCUAAAUUUUAACUAAUAGAAUACUGUGGUAAAUAUUUUUUUCAAUAGAGUGCACGCGGCGUAUAUCUAAUGGCCAGUGCUGCCAUACAUAAAAAGACACGCUUUACUUCUAUGUUUAUUAUAUACUAUGUCAUGAUUAACCAACAAGCUUGGUCACAUCUACACUGUAAAAACAAUUUAUGUAAAAUUUUAUGUAAAAAAAAUUGUUUAAUACGGUUUAAUUUAAAUUAUAACUAUAAUCCACCAAUCUGUAUUGGAGCAGCAUGGUGGAAUAGCUUCCAAACUUUAUCAAAAAAGAGAUUAGGCUGUUUUUUGAACAAAAACUUUGAGGUCCUAGUCCAUUAAAAAAUAAAUAAAAUGUAUUUUAUUUCAUUUGUAUAGUGGUGCUUUUAAAUUGUAACAAAAUUAAUAAUUAUCGUUAUUUAUUUUGUUUGCGAAAUUUUUAUUCUGUUUUUUUAGUAACGAGAAAUUAAUAUGGAAGGAUUAUUUACAUAACAAGACCUUGUAAGUUGUAAAUGCAAAUAUCGCGUAUUUAUAUAAUAUAACGUAUAGAAAGUCUGUAAAGAGGAGCGGCAAAGAUAUAUUAAAUGUCUUAGGAAUUAUUCGCGAAUAUUUGUAAAACCGCGCGUUUUGUUUUUGUAUAAAGAUUAAUUCAUCGACAAAUGUACACCAUAAUAUAUUUAAAUCUAAACUUUAGUAUAGAAUGAUGAACUUGUAUAAAAACCGCAGGCGGUUUUAUAAAACGAUUUGUAAUAAACUUACGAAAAUCUAGAUUGAUCUCAAAAAAAAAAAAAUACAAUUUCAAAUGUGACAUAUUGAUCCUCUUUCGUGUUAUAACCGUCAUGUACUAAAUAAUCUGUGCUGUUGGCAAAAAUAAAAGCCGAUAAAGUGCCUUAUUGACUUCACAACUUGCACGAACUUUGCUGUGGGGACGACAGGUUGUUGAAACUUUGGGCACUCGCCAUUAUACACACCAUAUAAAUUGUACUACAAGUAUCUAUUACUUUGGUUUGUAUUGAAUGUAAAAGUUUUCAAUGUUCUUUGCGACAUAAUACUUUUAUUUAAAAAAUUAAUGCAGCCGUUCAAUCUAGAUUUUUGUCAAUAAUAUUAAUAAACGGCCUUACUUAUAAGUGAAUAUGAAGUUGCUUGUAGCUGUUUAGUUAUACACUGAUUUCUCUCUUUCUGUCACCAUUGAUUUGACAUUCGAAAGAAGACAGCAUUGUUUGACUAAUAACCCGCUAAACAACAUAUAUAAGUAAGGUCAAUAUCCUAAUACUAUAUGAAGCGCAAGACGCAUUAUAAAUUUAGUUUAAUUAUAACCGUCAAACUAACCAAUUGGAAAAUAAUAAAAACUGAUAAUUUUGUAAGCUCAUAUUAAAUAAAGAGUGCUUCCUGAUACUUAUUUUAAAAUUUUAUCUAGUUAUUAUUUUUUAAUAUUAUUUAACCAAUUUCAAAGGUUAAAGGUAAAAGCUUGGACGGUUUAAUCGAUUAUGAAAUGGUGCAUUAAAUUAAUUUGUAUAUAUAGAAACAUGUACGGUUGAAAUUAGAUUAUGUAUUUAGUGUUAAAUAAG